CUCGCCUAUACCAGAAUCAAAGCUGCGCUCGCGAACUGGAUGCUGACAGGCGCGCGGUGCGGUCAUCAUGCAAAGGUUACACUGGAUCCGUUUCAGCGAUUCUCUGAAGAAGCCGCUCCUUCGCAGGACCCGCACGGAGCACAAAAUGCGAGGCGUCUAGCGACUGGGAAAAGAACGGUGCAGCUCACGUUUACCGGCCUGUUUGGCGACAGCAGGUGUCAGAACGAUGAACGCGACUUUGGGAUUUCCGCGAACGGCAGUGUGUACGCUGGCUCCUCUCGGCGGUAAAGUGGCUUCAUGAGUGUCCAAAGUAACAGUGGAAGUGGUGGUGGAAGUUUGGAGGCGACGCCAUCUUGGUCGCAGCUCUCCUCGUCCCCAACGAUUUCUCAACCACAAAUAACGGCGACCGCAAAGAGCAAGGAAGGCCCCAUGGAGGAGCUGCACAGCCUGGACCCCAGGAGACAGGAGCUGCUUGAGGCCAGGUUUACAGGAGCUGUCAGCGGCAACACAGGAGGCAGCACCGGGAGCACCAGCGGAGGUGCUAAGGGUCUGGCUAAUGAAUCCUCUAACCACAGCUAUGGAAGUCUGGGCUCAUCUAGUGACAAGGAGUCUGAGAACUCUGAUUUGAAAAGAGGGAGCUCUCCUGCCUACUCAACUCCGGAGAAGAAGCACUCUGAAUCGUCCAGAGGGAGGAAAAGGAAAGCUGAUACCUAUUCAGAGAGUAGUCAAGGGAAGACCUCCACUCGUGGGCCCAAGAUCAGUGACUAUUUUGAUUUCCAGGGUGGAAAUGGUUCCAGUCCAGUUAGAGGUCUCCCAUCAGUUCGUCGCUCUCCGCAGAACUCACACUCUGCCCCAGGCUCAAUCAUCCGGCAGAAUAGCUCCUCACCCACCAGUCUGUGCUUUGGAGAGCACAAUCUUAAAGCUUCCUCAAGCAAGUGUGUCCAGACAGAACUGACAGGCCUAAAACUCGCUGCCCUGGAGAGCAACAAGAGUUUGGACCUGGAAAAGAAAGAAGGACGAAUAGAUGACCUGCUCAGGGCUAAUUGUGACCUGCGAAGACAAAUUGAUGAACAGCAAAAACUCCUGGAGAAAUAUAAGGAGAGACUCAACAAAUGCAUCACCAUGAGCAAGAAGCUGCUCAUAGAGAAGAGCACCCAGGAGAAGCAGUCAUGUCGCGAGAAGAGCAUGCAGGAUCGCCUCCGCCUCGGCCACUUCACCACUGUCAGACACGGAGCAUCCUACACGGAGCAGUGGACUGACGGAUAUGCAUUCCAGAACCUGAUCAAGCAGCAGGAGGGCAUUAACCAGCAGAGAGAGGACAUAGAGCGCCAGAGGAAGCUGCUAGCAAAGAGGAAGCCUCCAAACCCUGCGUCUCCCUCCCUGUCUGUGGCCUCCGCAUCUGAACCCAAGCAGCGCAAAACGAAAGUGGUCAACGGCAACGAUUCGGACCCCUUCCUGAAACCCUCCUUGCCUCAGCUACUGACCCUCGCCGAGUACCACGAGCAGGAAGAAAUCUUCAAGCUCCGCCUUGGACAUCUGAAGAAGGAGGAAGCAGAGAUCCAAGCGGAGCUGGAGCGAUUGGAACGGGUGAGGAACCUUCAUAUCAGAGAGCUGAAGAGGAUAAACAACGAGGACAGCUCAGCAUUUAAAGACCAUCCCACCCUGAACGAGAGAUACCUUCUGCUGCACCUGCUGGGCAGGGGCGGCUUCAGUGAAGUCUAUAAGGCCUUUGACCUGUUUGAGCAGCGCUACGCUGCUGUUAAAAUCCACCAGCUCAACAAGAACUGGAGAGAGGAGAAAAAGGAGAACUACCACAAGCAUGCAUGCAGGGAGUACCGGAUACACAAGCAGCUGGACCAUCCCAGAAUAGUCAAGCUGUAUGACUAUUUCUCCCUGGAUACUGACACAUUCUGCACAGUGCUGGAGUUCUGUGAAGGAAAUGACCUGGACUUCUACCUGAAACAAAACAAGCUAAUGUCGGAGAAAGAGGCACGCUCCAUUGUCAUGCAGAUUGUGAGCGCACUGCGCUACCUCAACGAAAUCAAACCCCCCAUCAUCCACUAUGACCUCAAACCUGGUAACAUCUUAUUGGUGGAUGGUACUGCAUGUGGAGAAAUCAAAAUCACAGACUUUGGCCUGUCCAAGAUAAUGGACGAUGACAAUUACGGUGUAGACGGCAUGGACCUCACAUCACAGGGAGCAGGCACCUACUGGUACCUCCCUCCAGAGUGCUUUGUAGUGGGGAAGGAACCACCUAAGAUCUCCAACAAGGUGGAUGUGUGGUCUGUGGGAGUGAUCUUCUUCCAGUGCCUCUAUGGACGCAAGCCGUUUGGUCACAAUCAGUCACAGCAGGACAUCCUCCAGGAAAACACCAUCCUCAAAGCCACAGAGGUCCAGUUCCCAGCGAAGCCACAGGCCAGCACAGAGGCAAAGGCGUUUAUCCGGCGCUGCCUGGCCUAUCGCAAAGAGGAUAGGUAUGACGUUCACCAGCUGUGCUCGGACACCUACCUCCUCCCUCACAUGAGACGUUCAAACUCCUCCGGCUCCCUGCAGCCCUCCGCCUCAUCUCUCCCCACCUACUGACUAGCAACACACUGACGGGACCCUCUGGCCAGUCUUGAGGCAGGAAUGCUCAUCGAUAGUAGAUGCGAAUCUUUUUUUCUUUUUUUUUUUUCUCCACCCGAGCUGUUGCUAAAACAGAUAACUUAGCAACAGAACAGGAAAAAAGAUGAAAAAAGGAGAAGAAGUAAAAGGAUGCUCACACCUUUGAACUCAGUUGCAUAAGAGAGGGGAUGGAAUAUAAAUGGAAGAAAAAUAGAAGGUUCGGGCAGAGAGCAAAGAAUAGAUGAUGAUGAUGAUGAAAUUGGUGCAUUUGUUUAAGGACUUAACUCAUUAAAAGACAUGAAAUGCCCUGCUCCCUUCUCGUAGCUCUACAUACAUCUACAUGUACACACCCGCACGUCAUGAAACACCCCCCGAGGUGGCUAAGACUCAUGUCAGCAUGAAGCUGCACUUACAGUCUUGAUGCUUAUGAGGGCGGUGACCAGCAGGGAUCAGAAGACAGGGAUUAACAGAUAAGACGUGCAGAGGAGACGCGAGUGUUCGAGACGACCUAAUGAGGCACAAAACGACGACUGCAUCUCGACUUUACCCUCAUAGCCUCUCUGCACCCAACAGGGGUUACCUUAAAAAGUGAUCUGCGAUGAGGACUUGGAAGUGAUGAUGUAACCUCGAUCAGACUUGAUGUAAAAAGGAAAAAAAAAAAAAGACACAUUUCUGGACCCGGUUUACACUUCCAAUCCAGAUUACUUUGAUCUGGUCUCCUAGCUGGCUCUUAGCAUCGUAGUGUGGGUUUGUUUUCUGCUUCAUUAAAUUUCCCAUUCUUUUUUUUUUUUUUUUUUUUUUGUGUUGCAAAAGCAAUUCAGGUCCACAGGAAGUGGAUCUGUGAAUCUGUCUUAAUCCGUUGUUGUUCAGGUAAGAGUCCAGAUGUUUGAGUGUCGCAGCAUCGGCCUGCCUAAAGAGACUUGGACUUGCAUCGGGGCUGGAUCAGCUGUUACUGCAUCGCUGUCAUCGGGGCACAGAAUUCAUUGUACAUUUGAUGUGCAGGAGACAUUACUAGCAAAUAUAUAAUAAUGAGGCUUUUCCUUGCUACCACUUUGCUCCGUUUAUUUGUCUCUUCCUGAAACCUGUUCUCAGUUUGCUGCUAUAAAUGUUGCUUUUAGUUUGUAACACGUCUGUGAAUGAUUUUCACCUCGCAUAUGUGCAUACUUGAACUGUUAGGAGGGUUUUUUGUUUUGUUUUUCUAAAAUAAGACACCCGCUGUGCUGUUUAAGGGAAUGUGACACAUUCUUCUGCCACCAACAUUGAGUGUCUACGUGGUUUUAUUUUUGAUUGCCCCCCCCUUUUUAUUUACUACUUUUAUGUGAAAGUCCAACCAACACAUGGAGCGAAGGCCCAGUAUGCUGUGUAGUGAGAAAUGGCCGCUCCUGUUCAUGCCAGCAGAACGGUCCAUGCUCCAGGUUGCAGCAAGAUUUGUUGCCACAAGAUUUACUGCAGCUAGAAGUCAAGUGGAUAUAUCCAAAUGUUGUCAUUGUGUAAAUAAAACACUUACCUGUA